GUUCAUUGAUUGCGGCGCUAAGGUGCACAAGUGCUAGCAUAUACUUAGCCAAACGUUAGUAUCAACUUUUAGUCAGAUUCAAAUACGUACGCGGUUAAGUGUAUGUUACGCGCGCGCUGCUAGCUAAAUAGCAGUAAACGAAAGAAGGGUGUUUUCGCCUUUUUGUUAUUGUAAUUAUAGUCCAUUGUUGUUGCUGUUUUUAAUUAGUUUUGUUUUUUAACACAAAAACAACAACAAUAGUUGCUAGUUCAAUAUUGAUAAGCAUGUAAAUGGCUCCUCAACACAAAGUAGAAAAAAUAACAUUUUACUAAAAACCAAAAAAGUUCAAAAAUUUAUUUGAAAAAUCAAAAAACAAAAAAACAUGAAAGGCCACAAACUACUGCUGUUAACCUUAUUUUUUGCUACUAUUUGCCUGCAACUUAACGCUGGAGUGGCCGCUGACAGUAAGACUGUUACAACAGCACCUGCCGAUGAUGCUGACGAUGAUUACUAUUACAAUGAAGACACAGACACGAAGCGAGAAGAUGUUGACAAUGAAUAUAUCGAUGAUGAGGAAGAUGACGAUAAAGAUGAAUACGCGGAUGAUGUGGCAAACGAGGUGGCAGAAAUGAAAGCAGCGGAGCUACGAGCCGAAGCGCCUUAUUUCGAGCAACCGGAAGUCAAUAUUUACGCACAACCCGGUGAAAAUGUGUUGAUCGACUGUGUAGUGAAGAAUAUACAUUUAAAUAAUGUGAUCAUGUGGUAUAAGGGUAAAAUUGUGAUUGCUACCGGACAAUUCGUUAUGUAUCCGAAUGUGGAUGUGCUGAAAAAUAACUCGCUGGUGAUUAAGAAUGUAACCGUUAAGGAUGCUGGCGAUUAUUACUGUGAAGUGUUGCCGGAGAAGGAGCGCAUGCAUGCGCUGGUCGAAGUCGAUGAGAGUCUUAUGAUAUUCUGUGAUGGACAUGAGGUCACCAAUGAGACUUUGGUAUUUGUACAGGGUGAACCACAUGUGUGCGAAUGCAAAUACUACUCGCUGGAAAAUGUGCAGAUCAAAUGGUUUAUCGAUGGCAAACGCGCUGAAAGUGUGGUCGAACGUGUGCUGGGCGAGCAGCUCUAUAUUGAUAAUGCGGAUACCAAACAUGGUGGCAUCUACCAAUGCCUCGCAGAUGACCUCUCACAGGAACCGCCGCAUGCCAUGAUUGUUGUCGAUGUCGUUUAUGUGCCGAAGGUCUCCACUUAUCGACACUAUGUCAAUACGGAACAGGGUGGCGAUGCCGAGUUAUAUUGUGAUUAUUCGGCUAAUCCGAGUGGUGAAGUUUUGUGGCUACGUAACGGAAAAAAACUUAAUUCCUCUUACAAAUAUUCAUUCAACGAGGUAACACAUAAAGAACGCAAACGUUCGAUCUUAACCGUUAUGGAUGUGCGCGCUAACGAUCUGGGCGAGUAUAUAUGUCAAGUGCAGAAUACAAUCGGUCGUGGCGAGGCGAAAGUGCACAUCAUUUACGAACCAGAACAUCCACAAUUGGAGGAUUUAGAGGUCAAUGGUAGAAAAGUGGUCAUACAUUGGUUAGUACGCAGUAUACAACCGUUAUCGGAGGCGGUCUUGGAUUACAAAUUGGCGGGCUCAUUCACAUGGAGCAAAGUAUCGGUGGUGCACACACGUCGUCAUGCGGAAAGUCACAUUUGGAAGGUGACUCACGAGAUGGAACUCACGCCGGGACGUUGGCAUGUGCGUAUGCGUGCAAAAAAUACCGUUGGCUGGUCGGCAUUUUCCGCACAGCAUGAUUUCGCAAUUAAUGAUAAUGAAAGUGAUGCGGUGAAUGCUUACGAUGAUGUUGAUGCUGAAGAUGACUUGGAUACAGGUGAUGCGCCGAAAAAUAUGAUCGCUGUGGCUAGUUUUGGUGGCGGUGGCAAUGCCGCCGCAGCAUUGCAAAUAUCAAAUAAAUUAUUUACAUUACUGUGUGCUGGUAGCAUGAUUUUGUUGUUGUUGUUGUCAAGAAACGGUAUUUUAUAAAAAUUACAAAAAUUAAAAAAAAAUAAGUGUUGAAGUAAACUAGCAACUAAAAGCUGUCUUUUGUAUAAAUAUGUACAUAUGUGUGGAAAAGUAGCUUACAUACAUACAUACAUGAAUAUAUGAUAAUAUUAUAUUUAUUUGCAUGUAUAACUAGAUGUUGUACAUUUUUGUUGUAUUCUUAAGUGUAACAAGGCAGUAAAAGUUAUUAUAAUUAUAUAUUUAAUAUAAAUUAAAAAAAAAAUAAAUAUAAAUAUUAUUUAUGUCAGAACCAUUGGUGCCAAACAUAGAAUUAGUCGUACACUGCACACACACGCACACAAACUAUAAAUAAACGAGUCACAAAUAAAUAUUCUAAAUAUUUAUAUUUAAAAUAGUGAUAAAAUUAAGCGCUAUGCCACAAGUGUAAUUGUAUAAUAGCUUUAAAUAUUUUUUAAAAAUAUUUAAGCUAAGUAAAAAAAAACUAUAAUAAAAUAAGAAUACAAAAAAUGUAAGCAAAGAAAAUUUUGUAAAUAUUACCCUCAGAAAGAAUACGUGAAUUUUUUUUCUAAUUUCAAAGCAAAAUUAAUUAAAAACAAAAAGUAUUUUAAAAAUUAUUUUGAUUAUUUUAUUUUAUUUUAAAUUUUUUUUUAAUUAAUUUAUUUUUUUAUUAUAAUUUUUUGGUAAUUAUUUGAUUUUGUUUUAUGUUAUUUUGUUUUAUUUUAUUUUAUUUUAUUUUGUUUUAUUUUAUUUUAUUUUAUUUUAUUUUAUUUUAUGUUGUUUUAUUUUAUUUUAUUUUAUUUUAUUCUAUUUUUAUUAUAAUUCAGUUUUAUUAUACGAUAUAUCUUUUUAAUAUUCAUUAUAAAAAUUUAAAUUUGUUAACCUCAUAAAAUUAUGCCAAACUAAAUGAAAGCGUUUAAACUGAGCGAAACGAAAAAAAUAAUAUUAAACAUCUACAACUUUGCUUCCGCCUUUGUUUGUAAAUUUUAGUUUUUUUGUAUAAAAACGGUUACAAAUGUCGAUGAGCCUCAGCCGCACUUUUCUUGGAAUUAAAAAAGAAGAGUAAAAUUUCCCGCAAACGUCAAGAAUUCCGCUCAAAAAGUGACAAUUUCAGUUGAGAAUCAGUUUGAUGCAAACAGAUCUCUCCAAAUAUUUUGUUAGGUUAAUGUUGACAAAAUGUCCAAGAUCGAUAUAAAACGAUUUAAUCGAUUAAAUUGACCAGUGCUUUACACUAGAGACAUCUAUUGGAAAACGGCGGAAGCAAAGUUGUAGACCUAAUAAUAAUCAGUUUUCUAUUUUUUAUAUAUAGUUGAACUUCCCUAACUCGUAUCACCAUAAUCCACAAAAAAACUUCGAGUUAGAGAGACUACCGAGCUACAGUAAAUGAUUUGUAUGAAAUUUUAUUUCUAUUGUCAAUUCAAGAGCUCGAGUUAUGGAAGUUCAACUGUAUUUUUAUUUUAAAAUUUAUUUUUUUUUAUUUUAAUUUUUUUAUUAUAAUUCAGUUUUUAUGUAAUUAUUUUUGAAUUUUAAUACAAAAAUUAAAAAAAAAAAUAUUUAUUAUUAUUUUUUUAAAUCUAAUGUUAUUUGUUUUUUAUUUUAAUUUCUUUUUGUUUUAAUUAUAUUUUUGUAUUAAAAAAUGAAAAAUUAAACAUAAAACCUCAUAAAACUGUGCCAAAACUUGCUUUAUGCAUUCAUAUGUGCAUGAAUACCCCACUUAUGUUAAUAAGACCAGUUAAAAAAUUAAAAAAAAAAUAUUACAAAUCACUUAUACAUUAAAAACAUUGAACAAAAGUAUAUGCAUAAAAUAUAAAAUAAAAAUAAAAUAUGUCAGAGCGAAACCAAGAAUCAAAUAUAAACGCUAUAAUUGUUUUUCGCUGUUAAACUUUUUUCCAAAAAAAUUAUUACUUUUAAAGCUCAAAAAUAAUUUUAUUUUUUUUUUUUAAUUUUAUUUAUUUUUUUUUAAUUGCUCAAAAAUAAUUUUAAAAAUUUGAGUUGGUUAAAAAUUGCUCAAAAAUAAUUUUAAAAAUUUACAUACAAUAAUUCAAACCAGCUCAAAAAAAAAAAAAUAAAAAAUUUAGAUACAAUAAUUCAAACUAGCUCAAAAUAACUUAAACAAAAAACUUACAGCACUUAGUCUUCCAAAAACUGUAAAAAAUAGCUAAAAAUCUACAAAAAUCAAUUUAAGUCAUUUUAGCAGUUAAGUAUAUACUGAGAAUUUCUAAUAUCUU